GUCUGAGCGCUACAGUCCGUCUCAUAUUCAGCGCGGCUUUAAGAGGGCAAAACAAGUAAAAUGAAGACCUUACUGGUUGUUUUGGCCCUCUUUCUGCCCAUCAUAAAUGCCCAGGUGCCUCACUGGGGGCCGUGUCCAGAGCCUGCUACUCAACCUGCCUUCAACCUAAAGAAGUUUAUGGGCAGGUGGUUUGAGAUUGCUAAACUUCCAGCACAGUUUGAGCGAGGCAGAUGCAUUGAGACUAAUUUCACUCUCAAGUUGGACGGAACGGCUCAUGUAGUGAGCUCUGAAAUUCUAAAAGGAGAGUUAAAAACAAUCGAUGGAACAGCUGUGGUGGAAGAUAAAAGAAAUCCGGCAAAGCUUGGAAUCAGUUUCUCUUACGUCCUGCCCUACACGCCAUACUGGAUUUUGUCCACUGACUACGAGAAUUCAGCUCUGGUGUAUUCCUGCACUGACGUCUUGAGACUGUUCCACGUAGACUUCGCUUGGAUUCUGGGCCGCACCCGAUCCCUGCCUGCUGCCACCAUCGACCACGGAAAAGAGGUUUUUACCAACAACAACAUCGAUGUGAGCCGGAUGAUCUUAAGCAGACAGCAGGGCUGUGACAAAGACCUUUAAAUGACUGGAAAAUCCUUUCUCCAGUGUUGAGACGUUUUGUGUUGGAGUAAAUGCGGACUACAGAAGUGUUACGCUAGUCCUAAAAAAAAUGCUUGCUAUUUUUAAACAUCCUUAUUUAAGUUGGACUUAUGUUAUUUUUCAGGUAUGCAAACUGCAUCUACUUUGGGUUAUUGUACAGAAUUGAAAGCGCACGUUUCCAAUUGAUCAAAAAUAAAUUACAGCACUAACCAAAACCAUGUGAACUUGG